CAUUCAACGAUUCACAAUGGCUGAUAAGUCAGUAGGCUCGCCGGAGAACUCGACUGAAAAAGAUCAACAGUCCUACUCCUCCGUCGACACUUCUACUAUGCCAUUCCCGCAAAGUAAUCAAAGUACAAAACACUUAGAAUUUGACCUCCCUGUAGACUCGGAACAUAAGGCCAAGACCAUAAAAAUUUUCUCAUUCGCAAACCCUCACAUGCGAACCUUCCAUCUCUCCUGGAUAUCUUUCUUCUCCUGUUUCGUCUCCACAUUCGCGGCCGCGCCCCUCGUCCCCAUCAUCCGCGACAACCUCAACCUCGUCAAAUCCGACAUUGGAAACGCCGCGAUAGCCUCCGUGUCAGGCAGCAUUUUCUCCAGGCUCGUAAUGGGAGCCGUUUGUGACUUGAUAGGUCCGCGUUACGGCUGUGCAUUUCUCAUAAUGCUCUCGGCACCUACUGUUUUUUGCAUGCCAUUCGUCUCGUCUGCACAAGGCUAUGUCGCGGUGAGGUUCAUGAUAGGCUUCUCUUUAGCGACAUUCGUUUCGUGUCAGUAUUGGAUGAGUAGCAUGUUUAAUGGGGAGACUAUUGGACUUGUCAAUGGCCUGGCUGCUGGCUGGGGAAAUAUGGGAGGUGGCGCGACUCAACUUAUCAUGCCUUUGCUUUAUGAGAUGAUCCGAAAGGCAGGAGCCACGCCGUUCACAGCGUGGAGGAUUGCGUUUUUUGUGCCGGGAUGUUUGCAUGUGGUAAUGGGGCUUCUGGUGCUCGGAUUGGGACAAGAUUUUCCUGAUGGCAAUCUCGGUAGCUUACAAAAGAAAGGAGAUGUCGCUAAAGAUAAAUUCUCCAAGGUGCUCUGGUGUGCGGUGACAAACUACAGAACCUGGAUAUUUUUCCUUCUUUACGGCAUGUCUUUGGGCGUGGAGUUAACUACUGAUAAUGUCAUCGCUGAGUACUUUUUCGACAGGUUCAGUCUGAAACUGCAUACAGCAGGCAUUAUAGCAGCUGCAUUCGGGAUGGCUAACGUGGUCUCUCGUCCAGCAGGCGGCCUCCUGUCCGACAUGGCAACACGUCAUUUCGGGAUGAGAGGGCGCCUCUGGAACCUCUGGAUCCUCCAAACUCUGGGAGGAAUUUUCUGCAUUUGUCUCGGCCGUGCAGACUCCCUCUUCCCCUCUAUACUUUCCAUGAUGUUAUUCUCCAUCGGUGUACAAGCCGCGUGUGGCGCCACGUUUGGAAUCAUCCCCUUUAUUUCGCGCAGGUCUCUCGGCAUUGUCUCGGGACUAACAGGAGCUGGUGGCAACUUCGGGUCCGGAUUGACACAGCUGUUAUUUUUUACUAGCUCUGGCCAUUCAACUGAAUCCGGUUUGUCGUCGAUGGGGUUUAUGAUUGUGGGAUUGACCCUCGCGGUUGGACUGGUUCAUUUUCCGCAAUGGGGGAGCAUGUUUUUAGCAGCGACGACAGAUGAGAAGAAGAGCAAGGAAGAAUAUUAUUACGGAUUAGAAUGGAAUGAGGAAGAGAAAGACAGGGGUUUGCAUUUCGGAAGCCUUAAGUUUGCUGAGAAUAGUAGGUCAGAGCGCGGACGAAAGAAGCUGGUUUCUGAACCAUUGCCACUACCUGAUUCUUCCUCUGUUUGAACUGAUAGUUGUUCUACCAAACGAAACGAAUUUGUGACAGUGUCUGGUAGUUUAUCCACAUCUUUAGUACCUACGUUCGAUUUUAGUAUCUUGGAGUCCUAUCCUAUUAUUGUACAACUAUGUGCAGUCUUAAGGUAUAAGUUUAUAGGUCUUAAUUUACGAGGUUAAAAUCUAUAGAAGAGCGAUGGGAAGGCUAGAAAUAUCAAGCUCUGAGUGUAAUUUUGAACUUUCUUGUGUAAAUCAGCUCCGGGGAACAUCAUUAGGGAAAUCUCAGUAACAUGAAUCUGUAAGGAGAAUGACUGCAAGUUUCCUGGGCAAAGUCUUUGCAUUAGAAUUUUAUUAUCACCAUUACACUAUUACUAUAUCUUGGGGGGACAUAUCAGAAAAUAGCAGCUGGAAUAUUUUGACUGAUGAUCAACCUAAAUCAUAUAUUAUGUUAAAAAGUGU